AUGGAUUAUAUGCCCGAUGAAAACGAGAGUUGGAUAAACGGAAGUAAUCUUACAUUCUUAAGUUCAGAUGAUUUUCAACUACCUGUAAUACCAAAAUGGGGAUUCUGGAUAAAAUUUCUGUCAACACCACUUAUAGUUAUUGUAGGAAUUGUUGGGAACCUGCUUUCAUUUCUUGUAAUGAAAACCAAACCGCUACGUCGCAAGUCCUACUCGCAUUAUCUAUGUGCACUAGCUGUGUUCGAUACUUUGACCUUGAUAAUUCGACAAGUGGAAAGUGUGGAUGAAUACCUCGUAUCAUAUGAAAAAACGAAGGGCGUAUUUCAACACUUUGAUGAUGGAAGUUGUAAAUUAUUUAAUUUUGCUGUACAUGUAAUAACUUUGAUGUGUUCAUGGCUAGUCGUAAUUAUGGCUGUUGAACGUGUUAUAGCAGUAUGUUUUCCGUUUAAAAAAGUCUACUUCCGGAAAGAAAUUGGCGCAGCCGCUGCAAUCAGUUUACUUUUUCUUAUUGCAUGUUUGACGCAGUCGUUUCGAAUUGUAAUGGUGGAACAUAUCGUCUACGAUGACCGAAACAAUAUAAGAGACUGUUUAGCGGCAAAGGAAUAUUUAAACCUGUACACCAGUCUUGACGUGUAUUUUUACCUUUGGACACUUGUGUUUGUGCUACCUAUAGUUUUCAUUAUCAUAUGUAAUAGUAUUGUUUUAUUUCACAUCUUUAAAGUAAGAAAGGAUCUUGUGAAUGAAGAGAAUUAUCUUACAUACAGAAAUGGUAGAGCUCGUGAACGACGACAAAAGAGCACAGCAAUGCUAUUAAUAGUAACAUUCAUGUAUAUCCUUACACUGUUUCCUUUAUUCACCCUCAGUUUGAUAGUUGACAUAACAAUUAAGAUCGGGUCACUUGAAACUGCAAGGAACACGUAUGUUGCAUUAAAACCUUUUGUGGAUGUAUCUGUAUCGAUUUCUUUGCUUAAUUAUUCAGGAAACUUUUUCAUAUACAUACUAUCGGGUAAAAGAUUCCGGUACGAAUUACUAAAGCUAUUUAGAAAGAGUAAACCAGUGAAAAGAUGUUCAACUGCAAGAAGCACAAGAGAAGAGUUGUUCAGAUAUGGAAGCUAGUAUAUUAGAUACACGUCGUCAAACCUUUAAAUAAACAAUAAUAAUUUAAAU